AUGUCUUACAAUUCUACACUUGAUGAUUUCUGUGGCUCUAAAUUUUGGGAUAGCAACUUAACUUGGUACACCGAAAAUCCUGAAUUCACACCAUGCCUUGAAAAAACUGUUUUAGUAUGGAUACCUUGUUUAUAUCUAUGGGUGGCAGCUCUACUAGACCUAUUUUAUAUUUUGAAUAGUAAAGAGAGAAAUAUACCAUGGAAUUUAUUAAACAUAAGCAAAUUAGUGAUAACAUGCCUUCUAAUAGUGUUAAAGUUUGUGGAUUUGGGUGUGACUGUCCACAAAUCAUCAAAAGAAGAUGAAGAUGUGUUCAAUGCAGAUUAUUACAGUCCUAUUGUGAAGAUUCUUACAUUUAUUUUAUCCGCAUUAUUAUUAUAUUACAAUAGAAAGUUUGGUAUGAGAGCUUCAGGAGUGCUGUUCUUCUUCUGGGUACUUUUAAUAUUAGCGGGUAUACCUCAGCUUAGAUCUGAAGUAUUGAUGCAUUAUAGGAAAACAGAGGACGAGAAUGUACAAUAUAACUUUGUUAGCUACAUGAUAUACUUUCCACUAAUAGUAUUGAUGUUUAUAUUGAAUUGCUUUGCGGAUUUACCGCCUAGAGAUACGCCAUAUAAAUUCGAAAAGAAUCAAUGUCCAGAAAGUGCCUCAGGUUUCCCCAGCCGACUAACGUUUAGUUGGUUUGAUCCCUUAGCCCUUACUGGGUUCAAAAGAAGUUUAACCGAAACAGAUCUCUGGCCUUUAAAUCCAAAAGAUUCAUCGAAGGAAGUAGUGCCGCGGUUUGAUAAAUUUUGGCAGAGAACAUUAAAGAAAAGAGAAAAUGCUGGCGGACCAAGAGCGACAUACAGCAAGACAUCGGCGAGUGUGAACUUUAAGCCUGAUAAAGAAAGAAAGCCGGCGUCGAUUUUGCCUGCUCUAUGUUUAGCUUUUGGAGGGCAAUUCCUCUUCGGAGCAUUACUCAAAUUUUUUAACGACGCACUCAUGUUCCUAUCACCACAGCUACUCAAAUUACUAAUAGGAUUCGUUGAAAGUAAAGAACCUUUAUGGAAGGGUUAUGUAUACGCAGUCGGGCUUUUAGCAUGUGCGACGGCACAGACAAUGUUACUGAGUCACUACUUCAUGAACAUGUCGCUUGUUGGGCUGAGGAUAAGGACAGCCCUCACUAGUGCUAUUUACAGGAAGUCCCUACGUAUAUCUAAUGCUGCAAGAAAGGAAUCGACCGUUGGAGAAAUCGUUAACCUCAUGUCUGUUGAUGCUCAAAGAUUUGUGGAAUUAACAGCAUACUUAAAUAUGAUAUGGUCGGCGCCUCUUCAAAUCACCUUGGCUUUAUAUUUCCUGUGGGGCAUUCUCGGCCCCUCAGUGCUAGCAGGGUUAGCUGUGAUGAUAGUACUGAUCCCAGUGAACGGACUAAUAGCGAACAGGGUUAAGACAUUACAGAUAAGGCAAAUGAAGUACAAAGAUGAACGUGUCAAACUCAUGAACGAGGUUCUCAACGGAAUCAAGGUUUUGAAAAUGUAUGCUUGGGAGCCAAGUUUUGAGGCCCAAAUACUUAAAAUUAGAAAUGAAGAGAUGAAAGUUCUAAAACAAACCGCCUAUCUUAACUCUGCUACGUCUUUUAUCUGGUCUUGUGCUCCUUUCUUGGUGUCGCUGAUGUCAUUUGGGUGCUUUGUCCUAGUGAACGAUACGGAAGUACUGGAUGCUAAACGCGCUUUCGUAGCGUUGUCUCUUUUCAACAUACUACGUUUCCCACUAUCAAUGCUGCCUAAUGUUAUUUCAAAUGUAGUACAAACCUCUGUGGGUAUAAAAAGAUUGAAUAAAUUCAUGAAUGCUGAAGAAUUAAACGAGAGUUCUAUAGAACACGACCCGAAAGAGCCAAAUCCACUGGUAAUUGAGAAUGGUCACUUUUCAUGGGGCGAUGAAUCGGAGCCGAUAUUGAAAAAUAUAAAUGUUCAAAUCCCGCGGGGCAGUUUAAUCGCCGUCGUAGGCGCCGUGGGUGCGGGAAAAUCCUCCUUCCUGUCGGCUCUUUUGGGAGAAAUGAACAAAAUUUCAGGGCGUGUCAAUACUACUGGUAGUGUAGCUUAUGUACCGCAACAAGCGUGGAUUCAAAACGCUACUUUACAAGAUAACAUUUUGUUCGGCAAUCCUUUGGAGAAGAGCAAAUAUAAUAACGUGAUCAAUGUGUGCGCUCUAAAGCCGGACUUCGAUGUUUUACCCGGUGGAGAUCAGACUGAGAUUGGAGAGAAAGGUAUUAACUUGUCGGGAGGGCAAAAGCAACGGGUGUCGCUCGCGCGCGCCGUCUACUGUGAUUCGGACAGCUACUUUCUAGACGACCCCCUCAGUGCCGUCGACUCUCAUGUCGGCAAACACAUUUUCGAAAAGGUAAUAGGUCCAAGCGGUCUAUUGAAAAACAAAACUCGCGUAUGGGUCACCCACAACGUGUCGUACCUGGCCCAAACCGACCACAUCCUCGUGCUGAGGGACGGCGAGGUGUCGGAGGAAGGCACGUACCAGCAGCUGUUGGAGAAGAAGGGAGCCUUCGCUGAGUUCUUGUUGCAUCACUUGAGUGAUGCGGAACGCACUUCUCCUGAAGAACUAGAUGAAAUUAAGCAAGAUUUGGAAAUCAAAUUGGGUACCGAGUUCCAAAACAAACUGCAGAGAGCUCGUUCACUGUCUGAGAGCACGUCUGAGUCGGAACAACCUGCAGCGGCUGGCGAUCGAAGUGGCAGCGUGAAGAGACGCACUCCCGAAAAGGACAAACUCAUAGAAGUCGAGAAGACUGAGACUGGCAGCGUGAAGUGGAGCGUGUACAAGCACUACCUGACGAGCGUGGGCGUGACGGCGUCGGCCGUCACCGUGCUCAUGAACCUCGUGCUGCAGCUGUUCCAGGUCGGCUCCAACUACUGGCUCGCCGAGUGGUCCAACGACGAGCACAUGUUAGUUAACGGUACUGUGGACAAGAGCAGGAGGGACCUUUAUCUGGGAGUGUACGGUGGCCUCGGCGUUGGACAAGUGGUGUCGGUGUCGGUGUCGUCGCUGGCGCUGUACCUGGGCUCGCUGGCGGCGGCGCGCGCGCUGCACGCGGGGCUGCUGGCCGGCGUGCUGCGUGCGCCCAGCAUCGGCUUCUUCGACUGCACGCCCGUGGGCCGCGUGCUCAACCGCUUCAGCAAGGACGUGGACGUGCUCGACAACGUGCUGCCCAUGACGCUGCGCGGGUGGACCUCGUGCUUCUUUUCGGUUCUCGGUACUUUAUUCGUGAUAAGUUUCUCGACACCGAUAUUUUUGGCUGUAAUAUUGCCAAUCGGCGUCAUAUACUACAUCAUACAGCGCUUCUACGUUGCUUCUUCGCGUCAGCUUAAACGACUCGAGUCAGUGUCGAGGUCUCCAAUAUACUCGCACUUUGGAGAAAGUAUCACUGGAGCCACUACGAUCCGGGCCUAUGGCGUCGCACAGAGAUUCAUAGAGGAGUCCGAGCGCGGAGUGGACCACAACCAGGCGUGCUACUACCCCAGCUGCGUGGCCAACCGCUGGCUGGCCAUCCGCCUGGAGAUGAUCGGCAACCUCAUCAUCUUCUUCGCGGCGCUGUUCGCCGUGCUCGGCCGCGACACCAUCAACGCCGGCCUCGUGGGCCUCUCCGUCAGCUACGCGCUGCAGGUCACGCAAACAUUAAAUUGGCUCGUGCGAAUGACGUCGGAAGUGGAAACCAAUAUCGUAGCCGUUGAAAGGAUAAAGGAAUAUGCUGAAGCUAAACAGGAGGCGGCGUGGACGGUGGGCGCGGGGCCGGGCGCCACGUGGCCGGAGACGGGCGCGCUGCAGCUGGAGCGCCUGUCGCUGGGCUACGGCGCGCGCGAGCCUGCGCUGCGCGACCUCACGUGCGCCGUGGCGCCGCGCGACAAGCUCGGCAUCGUGGGCCGCACCGGCGCCGGCAAGUCCACGCUCACGCUCGGACUCUUCAGGAUAGUAGAAGCGAUGAGCGGCAAGAUCCUGAUCGACGGCAUCGACAUCUCCACGAUCGGGCUGCACCAGCUACGCUCGCGCAUCACCAUCAUCCCGCAGGACCCGGUGCUGUUCUCGGGCUCGCUGCGCAUGAACCUCGACCCUUUCGGUGUGUACUCGGACGAGGACAUCUGGCGGUCGCUCGAGCUGGCGCACUUGAAGUCCUUCGUGCAAGGUCUGCAAGCCGGGCUGCUGCACGAGAUCUCCGAGGGCGGCGAGAACCUGUCCGUGGGACAACGCCAGCUGGUGUGCCUGGCGCGCGCGCUGCUGCGCAAGACGCCGCUGCUGGUGCUGGACGAGGCCACCGCCGCCGUCGACCUCGAGACCGAUGAGCUCAUACAGAAAACGAUAAGAACAGAGUUCGCAUCAUGCACAGUGCUCACGAUCGCGCACCGACUGAACACUAUCAUGGACUCCACCAAGGUGAUGGUGCUGGACAAGGGGCAGCUGGUGGAGUACGCGCCGCCCGAGCAGCUGCUGCAGGACAAAAACUCCAUCUUUUACGGCAUGGCCAAGGACGCCGGGCUUGUCAAU